AUGGCUUCCGAAACGACAAGCCACGCGACACACAGCGAUGCAGCUCCAAGCAACAACGAACCGGUGAACGAUGCAACUGUCACCGACGCAGAAUUCUCAUGGUCAGUGCCUUUGCAAAUUUCGAGCGACUCAGCAACGUACCUCGACCGCCACCAGACUAUCGAUGAUCAAGAACUCUCCAUACCUAGAGAAGACAUCGCAGAAGUCGUCGGCGGCUCUCGUCUCGUAGCUGAACUCAAAAGACCAAUCCAAAUUGGCACAUUCAAUGAGCUUCCGGCAUACCUCCUCCGGACGCAUUUUUCAUUCCAGAGAGCGUCCUCCAACUGGCUAUAUCGUAUCAGGGCCGCUGAGAUCACCAUCGUGUUCGAGGACGCGCCAACGAAAGAACCGAUCGUGAAAUUGUCGAGGAACAAGCAACAGCAUCCAGCCAUUGCGGCAUUUCACCCUACGCUUUUCGAGGGCGAAGUAUCCCAUGCUUUAGUGACUGAGUCGGUUAAUGCCGGUCUUGAGGCCACUCAAUUCGGAGUUGGAGCAACGUUGGGGACGGAGAGAAGCAAGACUUAUCUCGAGAAGGGCCGAGUUGUCGUCCAUGGUGUAAGAGGUGGUGGCCGACACCGCAACAGCAUUACAUGGGUAGUCGAGCAAGACAGUGUCGAGAAAUCGGGCAUUCCAAGAGACAUUAAACUUCCGCUCAUAGUGACGAGGCAGAACAACAACCGAUUCUCUGCACGUGUUACUGUGAAGGCGCAUUAUGGGUUCUGGCGAGGAGCCUUAGCGCGGAGUGUCCCCGUCGUGGGUAAGAAUGAGGAACCACUCUACUUUGAUCCUGCAACACUGGAGGACAUGAUCAAGGAUGGGACUAGGGGCCCGGACGGUACGCCUGUCGUUGAGUUGUGCGAAAAAUUUGAUGAGGCAGACCUGAAGAGUUGUAGUUCGUUUCCCUAG